UGUCUUUCGCUAAGUAUUCAAUACCUACAUUAUUGUGUAAAAUAUUUAGUUCAAAACGCCAACGAAACAUUAAAAGUUAUAAAUAUAAUCAGUUUUUUUUUCUUUGGAAAUGUGGAAUGUGAUGCAGUUAAAAUAAAAAUCAUAACACAAAUAUAAUAACAGUUGUAAGCAAUAAAAUAAUCAUAUUUUCUUCGGCUACAAUGAGAUAAAAAUAAGGUGUUCAAAAUAAAAUGUACUGUUGCUAAGUUUGUAAUCAAAAGCAUGAUGAUGCAGUCAUCGUCGGAAGGCUGUAUGAACAUCGCGGAAUUGGCGAACCAACUUCGUAGAGAAAAGAUCUUUAUAAACUCGGAGAGGCAGCUGCUCCAUAAUCUCAAUGAGGAGUUGGAAAAAACUGUUUUGGAAUUACUCCAAGCUGCUUGGAUAUGUUCACAACAACGCCAAAAUCUAACAAAUUUGGUAACAUCAAGAUGUGAGGCUGAAUCCAUUGCAGCCUGUCAGCGGGCAAGUCUGCUUGAGGGCACAACAUUUAUAGAUGCGCACAAAGUUUUAAAAUAUAAGGAGGUACAAGCCUUAGGGGAACUCCUGGGAUGGCUCCGGGACACACCAAAUCUCAUGGCUCUAUGUCUCAUGCUUGGAGAGAAUCAUAUGCCACCGAGUCUCCCUUCAUCUCUAGUAGCUGGACUAUAUGGCAGCUGUCGUUCGCCAGCAGACAGGGCUAGGCUCUUGGCAGUCUUACGAUCCUUGAUCAAACAUCAACUUGCUCCUUCAAGCGAUCCAAGAAAAUUGUUUCGUACAAGCAAAAGCGCGUUCACAUCCCUGUACGCGGUGUUUCGGGACAACCAUUCACCAGCUCGACAGUUCCUGGUGCAAGCGUUACAUGCGCCCGUGAUGGCGGUGCUGCACGAGGACGAGUUCUUUCUGGACAUCGAUCCGGAUAAAGCCAUGGAGAGGUUCUCGACCCCCGAUCGUAUCAAGAAGUUCGGUCAGACCAACAGCAGUGAAUACAACGCUAAAGUGGCUCGCUACCGGAAAUGGACUGUGCAGUCCUUGUACAACCUCACCAACAAGUUCAUCGUAUCGCUGAAGGAGCACUGGGCCAACUUCCCCGCGACCAUCGCGUGGGUUGUACAGCAGAUCGUUCAUUUUCUGAAACAAAGUACAAGAACAACCGAUCGCGAGAUCCACGCCAUCUGCACGGAGCUGGUUCUGAGCAACUUCAUCUGCCCCGCGAUCGUGAACCCUGAGGCGCACGGCGUCAUCGAGGUGCCCGUGUCGUACAUCGCGCGCUUCAACCUCAUACAGGUCGCGCAGAUCAUUCAGAUGCUCUGUCUGGCCAGGUACCAGGAGGUGGAGCCGAAGGUGCGCGACCUGUACAUGCGGUUCGAGCGCUCGUGCGUGUGGUCGCUGGUGGACGGCGUGGGCGGCGAGGGCAGCGCGCCGCCGCCGCCGCCCGCGCCCGCGCGCGCCGCGCCGCGCACGGCCGCGCCGCCGCCGCCGCCCGCCGCGCUCUACACCGCGCCCGACGCGCAGCUGCUGAUAACGUUCCUCAAAAGAAUAUCAUCUAAACUGAACAACAACACCCAGACCGGCCCCGACGAAAACGCCGACAGUUCACAUAACGCUGACGAAUCCGGGUUCAGUGAGCCUGUGGAGACGGAAGAGGGCCAGGCGAGGCUGACGGCGCGACUGGCGGCCGACGAACCCAACUACCGCGCGAGGCUGCACGACCUGCUGAGGAAGAUGCCUGAUUUCUCCACGCUCAGAUCUUCACCAACUGACACGAAGGACACACUGUCAGAAAACGGGCACAGCAAGCGGGGUAUCCUGAGCAAGGUGAGCAAGCCUCGUCUGCCGCGCUCCAUCUCCUCGGACGAGAGGGUGGCCGAGCGCGAUGAGCCCGAGGUGCUGGUCAUUAAGUUGGCCAAUGUUGACGAGCAGGACUAUGUCGGUCUGGAGCCGGAGUCCAAGGUACUGGAGUGCUACUACUGCGAGGGUGACACAGAGGUGGGAGGACCACUCGCACCCACCGGAGUCGUCGCGCCCGUGCAGAAACGGACCAGGUUCUCGGUGUCGCACGACGAAGUGUCGCUCGGGAACACAUCGGACAACCUGGAGGCGGUGUCGGAGGCCGCGUCCAACCACAGCGUCACCUCCAGCCUGGAGUUGGAGACUGAGGACCAGAACGACAACCUGUCGGACAUGGUGUCAGCCAACGUAAGUGGACGCGGUAGCCCGAAUAUAUCAGGCAGGGAAACACCUUCGUCGCAAGUAACUGACGGAGAUGCUGCGGGUGACGCCCAGCCAAGACGUAUUCAACCAAAUACUCCCGUGAGUCAGGCGACCAGCGCCGCUCAGGCGAAACUACUCAAACAGACGCGAAAUGAUAUUGAAGAUAAAUUCUGCAAAUUCGAAAUUAAGAAACUUCUCGAAGGGGACGAGACGAUUAGCAUAAUGUCGGACACGUGGAGCACCGACGUGCUCGCGUCGGACUCGGAGACCAUCGGCGACUCGUGCGAGCAGACGCAGGCGGCCGCUGGACAAGGUAAUGCGAAUAAUACCAUCGCACCGGACGUGUCGGAGACGGCCAGUGAGUCCGCCUGGAGUAUGGACAUGCUCGCUUCAGACAGCGACCGGAACACCGAGGUGGACACGGACGACUGCGUGUCGGUGGCGGCGCGCUCCGACACGUCGUGGCCGCGCCGCGCCUCGCAGCACGACGCGCGACCGAAUGGUAAUGCGAAACAAGCUGACGUAGGCAGCCCUCGCCACACAUCGCGGUCGAAUCUUCCAAACAGAAGCGGCGGCUACCUGAGCGCCACGGCCGCCCUGUGCCGCGGCGGGGAGCUGGACCUGCUGGCGCACCACGCGCACCGCCCGCACCACGCGCAGUACCCCAUCGAGAACCGCAGGAGCAUCCUCGUCAACGGGUACCCGGUGAUGACUUGCUACGCGUCGGCGCCCGAGAGCCCGAGCACGGCGGCGGCGCUGCCCAGCGACAUCUUCGACUACGUGCCGCAGCACACUACGAAUAUUCCUUCCGAAUCAACGGCGGAGGGAACGGUUGGCAGCGAAGUCCCCAACACUAUAUCCGGCGGAGGCUCCGAUGCCACCAGCCAGUGGGUGGAUGAUAGCUUCCCCACUAAGUACAUGCCUUCAUCGUCCAAAGCCUACGACGACAAUGAUCUUAUGGACAGAUCACUAAACUCAAGCGAGAGCUCGUUCAAUGCUCUCUCCGUGUCGCAAUACGACAGACGGUUUGACAGCGGCGUCGAGACCGACCGACCGGAAGCAGAAUCUCGAUCCGCGAUAUCCGACCUCAUGACUCGAAUGAAUUCCGCCACGAUAUCCACUAGCAACCUCGUCAACAACAUAACAUCCAGGAUAGUGAAGUCGGAGCUACGUACGAGUAUAGUGAAUAUAAGUUCGUCCAGGAUGGACAAGAAGCGAGAUCCGAAUAACAUAUCGCUCAGUACACUCUCCGUGAACAGCGGGGAGACGACCGCGUCCGACAAGAGCUCGAGCCAGGACGUGAACUCGGAAAAUGUGACGGAGCGCCGGAUAAGUCCUCCACUGGCGAAGACGGCGUCCACUGGCGCCAUACCGAAGAGCAUCAGCUUUGACGCCACAGCGGAGAAGUCGCAGCGAAGGCGCAUAGUGGGUGAAGAUGGACUAGUCGGUAACUUGGACGAGUUGAAGAAUAACGUGAAGCGCUCUGGUGGCAACCUCUUCCACAAGAUCAAGAUGUUCCGUCACAAGGGCAGAUCGCACCAUCAAGGAGACAUAAAGGUGUCCGAGGAGGAGGAGGUGUUGGGGGAGGGCGAGAGCUCGGAGGAGAUUCUGGCCAGGUACCGGCGCGUGGGCGACUGCGCGCCGCGCCGGCCCUCGCGCCACGAGCUCAGCGACGCGCACGCGCACGACGCCGACCGGAGCGAAGGCGUAGUAGAUCUGAACGAUCCGGAGGUGUUCAACAGUAUGAAGCGGCGCCUGCGCGUCGUGCUCUCCAGCACGGACUUUCAUUCUGUCGAAUAUGUGCCAAACCGCUGCACGAGCGCGUCGCUGGCGGAGUGGGUGCGCGCGGGCGGCGGCGCGGAGGCGGCGGCGGCGGCGCGCGCGCUGGCGGCGGCCGGGGCGCGCGCCGCCCGCCUCGCCGCCGCGCUGCGCGCCGACCUCGCCGCGCGCCGCCCCUACGCCGCCUACCUCGCCUCCUGCCGCGCCGCGCUGGCGCACGCGCUGCACGACCUGCACGAUCAAAUCAAGCUGGUGCGCUGGGAGUGCUCGUGCUGCGCGCGCGCGGCGGCGGCGGCGCGCGUGCUGGAGCAGCUGGAGCGCGGGCCCGCCCUGCGCCGCCUGGCCGCGCACCACUCGCACGCGCACGCCCUGCUCAACGGUGGCGAACUGAUGGACGAACGAGCGACGAGACUGACGGCCAGCAUCAAGACGAUCACCGCUGAGGUCAAAUCGGAUCCCUCGUGGGAAGGAGCGACGUCGACGAUCCUGGAGAGUGCUGAAAUAACAGUGGAACGAGCCGUGUUCUCGCGACUGUACCUGCACGUACUCUUUCCUAACGGAGACGGAGAUAUCGCACGAGAUCAAGUGCUGAGCGAGCACAUCCGCCGCCUGGGCGCCAGCGCGAGCGGCGCGCGCGUGGGGCUGGCGGCGCGCCACGCGUGGGCCGCGCCCUUCGCGCACGCGCAGCUGCAGCUGCGGCACCUGCCCGUCUACCGCGCGCCCCGCGACAAGGUGUCGUGCGUGCUCCGCUGCGUGCGCUCGCUAGCGGCCACGCUGGCGCUGACGGACGGCACGCCCCCCGCGGCGGACGACAUCACGCCCGCUCUCGUGCUGGUCAUCAUCAAGGUGAACCCGCCAUCGCUGCUGUCGACGCUGGAGCUGGUGAACGCGCUGGGCGGAUCAGUCCUGACGGGCGAGGCGCUGUACUGGUGGACGCAGUUCUGCGCCGCCGUCGCCUACAUCAAGACCAUGGACUACCCCGCCCCCGCCCCCUCCGCUCCCGACUCCUAGCCCGAGCGGGCGCUGAAAUCAGCGCGAAUCCUCGAAAUGGUAUUGCACCGCGGCGUCUCACGCGGUAACCGUAGAAACACAAUUUAAAUAAAAGUUUUAAUAAAUAUAUAAUAAUCUAAAAACAUCUGCUACUUAAUCAUUCUUAUUGAAAUAUAUCAUGUGUAUAAUAAUAAUAUUAUGUAUUUUUCAAUGGAACUUGUACAAAAUAUUAAAAAUUAAAAACCUUUAAAAUUAAAUUUUGCUUUCGAUCCGAAUUUCAGUUCGAAUCUCUGAGCGUUACCUCGAUGCUCUUAAGUCUCGUUACAUAUAAACUAAAAAUGUAUACUUUAAUGUUAUAGUAAUUACAAUACCAAUAAUACUUUGUACAAUUUCUUGUUGAAAAAGACUAUUAACAAAGUAAAAUACUAAGAAUAGUAUCAACAUUCUUAAUAUAUUAUACAAAUAAUCAUCCCGAGGCUACUUGUGUCCCAUUGAUAAGCUGUUCUGAAUUGAUGGUUGCAACUUUAAUAGUUGGCAAUAAGUGUUUGGAACUGUUUGCAAUUGUUGAGAAAGUAACCAACAUUUACACGACAUUGUAUAAAACAAUAUUUUGCUAAUUUCGCUUUUUUGAAAAUGCAAUUCAAUAAUUUGUAGCAAGAAAUCUAUCCAUUUUUAAUAGGUAAUAUUAAAAAUGUAACAACUAAACUGUAAUCCGAAUGUUUUUAAAUUUUUGCAUUUAAUCAUCGUACAUACUAUAUAUCAAGCACUCAAUGCUGGUUACUUAUAUUUUUUUUAUCUAUAUUUAGUGAACUUGAGCUUGACACAACACAUUGCUUACAUUCAAGAAAAAUAAAUCUUUGCCUUUAUAAUCUUUUUUAUAUAGCAUGGGUAUUUGAUAGCGUUAACGGUUGGAAUAUGAUGUUAACGGUUGAAAUUUCUAGAAAUGUCUGUAAUUAUUACUUCGAAUGAAAAAGAACGAUAUUAAAUAUAUAAUCAAGAUAAUUUAUAAGGAAAAAAAACAGUACCUUUUUCCAUAAUUUCGUCUUCGUCUAUUUUUAUUCAAACUAUAGAACCAGCCAGUCUUAAAAACACAACCAUUCCAAUUCACGCAACAAUUAAUAUGUCUGUAUUAUAUUUAGGUCUUCUAAGUGUGAUUUUUCUGUUUCUUAGUUCUAAUUAAAAUUAUCAAAUGUCGUCGCCCCAUGCUAUGUGAAAUAUAAUAAAGAGUUUGGCUCGAGCCUCAUUUAAAAUGAAAUAUCUAUUGGAAUUAUGAUCUUUUACUUCCGCGUGUACUGCAUUACACAAUAUUUUUUAAUUAAAAGGAGAAUGUCCUUCUCAAACCCUUUUUUCAAACUAGAAAUAUACCGAUAAGUGUCAUUCCUCCCAAGUAUUCUAUAUAUAUGUAAAUUAUAUAUUUUCUCAUGUUUGAUAUAUAAAAAUUAUCCCAAAAUAUGUGUAAGUUAAUUAACUGUCGUUCGUAAGUUGAUAUUAUUAAAAAUUUUAUUUAUUUUAUAUACUUUGCUCAUGUUCUUACAUGUAUUUACUUAUUUUUAUAGGACCUUUAGAAAUUAUAUAGGCUUGAAAACUCGUGUAUUUAUCUAACAUGUAACUUUUAAGCCGUUAUUAUAUAAUAUAUUAUUAUAUAUAUAUAUCAUUAUAUCAUAUUUAUCUUACUAUGUAAAUUAGUUGGCACUAUGUAAAUUUCCCAUAAACUCGGUUUCUUAAACUACGGUAUACGACUACGGUAUAAUUUGAAGUUAUCAUAUAACGAUAUUAUCGAUUAAAAAUAACAUUAUUCCUAAAAAAGUAUUUCCUUCUUCGCAUUGAAACUGAGAAUAUUAAGAUUUGUUUAUUUUAUAAACUGAACAAUGUAACCUCUGAACUUAUAAUUCUUCAUUCAUAUGAUCGGUACAUACUUAUUAUCAGACUUGGGCAAAUUAUAAUCAGAUUAACGAUUAAAAUAGCAUAAAUCACAAUUACAGAUUAAAUUUGAUUGACUCCGAAGAUGACGUGCUGGGAUGCUCUGGGGCACUUAUUUAACCCACCCAUUGUGACUACUUUCGUUAUGCUGCAAUCGUGAUUGAUGAUUGUCAUCGUUAAUCAUUAAUCAGAUUGCAUUUUGCCCAGGUCUGUUUGCUAUAUAUCUAGUGUAAUCUGUGUAAGUCAGUGUCGUCUUGCCAGAGGGCGCUUUUUAUACUUUACAAAUACCGAGUUUUAAAACUCAUUUCGUAUUUUUAAAGAAAAUUUAAUAUACGUGAUUAGUAUAUUGUGUGUAGUUCUGUGCUUAAGUCUGGUAUUCAAAAAUAUCUUUAAAUUAUGUAAUGAAUUCGUCUUAACAUUUAGGGCCUUUCAACAUCGUCUGUGAUUCUAGGUUUGACUAUUAGGUAAAUACUCGAGGGAAUGUAUUUUUGGAUGGGUCUUGUGUAGUGACGGCUGAAAAUAUGAUAUGUACUAUUUUUGAGUUUUGUAAAAGUUUUCGAUGUAGUUAUUUUUAACGAAAGUUUUUUAUGUAAAUACGUAAGUUCUUCAGCACUAAUGACAUCUGAUGUUUCCAGAUUAAAUAUAUAAUUAAAUGUGUAACAUUAAAGUUCUACUCAGGAAAAAAAUAGCACUAAGAGGAAUAAAUUUUUUUUUAUUGUUUUGUGUUUGAAAGUUGAUUUGUGUAUGCGAGCAUAAUAUCUCAAUUAAUAAUAAUGUUACAAUUAAUUUUGUUUUAAAGUCGUUACGUCCGAACAACGAAGUCUCAAUAUAAUUUAGAUUAAAUCCUAUCUUGGACUUAAAACGCAAGCAACAAAAACGGUUUUACAAAUAAAUGUAUGUGAGUAGUCAACGUGUAGACAUAGAUUUAACGGCACUAGUUUCGUUCGCACUCACGAUAAACAUAAAUUAUAUUAAUUCAUUGUAUUACUUGUAAUUAAAAGCUCAUAUUUCAUAAUUAGAUGUAUCUAUUCUUAUUGAUUUAGCUUUUUUUUUAAUUUAAAAACUACAAUAAAAACACUAAAUCUCGACGAUAUUUUGGUUAUUUAUAAUAUUGGUUGGCAAUCAAAGGACACUGACGGCUACCUCUUGUAUCAAACUGACAACGGCGUCUGCACGCGACGACGUAACCGUAACAGCCUGUGAAUGUCCCACUGCUGGGCUAAAGGCCUCCUCUUCUUUUUUGAGGAGAAGGUUUGGAGCUUAUUCCACCACGCAGCUCCAGUGCGGGCUGGUGUAUAAUGUUAGAUACUAGUAAAUUAGGGCUUCAUCUUAUAAACUGUGCCUUUACGUUGUCAUCGUUGCUUUCUAUUAUGAAAGUUAUUAUAAUAAAUUGUCUUUAAAGAUUUCUUAAUAAAAUAUUGUUCAAUAUUAAUUAUCAACCGCAUUUUGGUUAUAUAUUUCACUAAAAUGCCUCUUUAUUAUUUCUCCUUCCUUUCUUAAAAUUAUUAAUUAAUAAAUUUAAUCUUUUUAAUGAUAAUUAUGUAAAGUAAAUAAUGUCAUUAACAUAAAUAUUUAAAUUGUGAAGCAGUUGCGUCGAAUAACUAAAUUGAAUCGAAAGAGCACUUAUUUUUAAAUUAUAUUAACAUAUAUAAUGAAUGCUGUGUGAUACUUUUGCUGCUAAUAUAUUAGUGUUAAAUUCAUGUUUACGAUUUAUUGUAUUUAGUUUAUAACUUAGGCUGGCUUUACAUAUGCCUAUAUUCAGUUCACUAACUUCAACCCUAUGCUACUGUAUGAACUUGUAAACUGAAUUUAGCCAAGUGUAUGCCAGAAUCUGUGCUUAUUGCAAAAUGGUGUUUAGUCAAUUUAUGAUAAAAGUGUAAAAAAUAUACUAGCAACCGUAUUUCUAUCUAGUACUAACUCAUAUUUAUUCACUAUUUAUCUUGCCUAGAAUAUAAAUUAGACAGCAAGUGUAUAGCUAACAUAUUUUUAAAAGCAGUUAAUAUGUAAUCAGAGUAAUUAAAUAUAUUUAGCA